UGGAAGGCAAAGGAACAAAGAAGCAUCAAGGGCCUGUCUGAGACCAAAGAGAACUGAAAGAGCAUCCAAGUCAUUUGACGAUGGAGAAAUUUAAGGCUGCUUUGUUACUAGCAGGGGUAGGAGAUGCUUUGGGCUAUCGAAAUUUUACUCGGGAAAACAAUGCCUUAGGGGCAAAGAUCCAAGAGGAACUGAAAGAAAUUGGAGGACUUGGGAACCUGGUCUUGUCCUCGGACAAAUGGCCAGUAAGCAACAAUACGCUGAUGCACAUGGCGACAGCUGAAGCUCUCAUCACAGAUUACUGGUGCUUAGAAGAUCUAUAUCGGGAACUUGUUAAACGUUACGUUGAUGCUGUUGAAAAACUUCCCGAGCGAAGGUCAGAUCCUGCUACUAUUGAAGGCUGCUCCCAACUGAAGCCAGAUAAUUAUCUCCUUGCCUGGCAUACACCCUUCAAUGAGAAAGGCUCAGGGUUUGGUGCAGCUACAAAAGCCAUGUGCUUAGGGAUGAAAUACUGGAAGCCUGAAAGGCUGGAAACUCUCAUUGAAGUGAGCAUUGAAGUGGGAAGAAUGACUCAUAAUCAUCCUACAGGUUUUUUAGGAUCCCUUUGUUCAGCUCUGUUUGUUUCAUAUGCAAUCCAAGGAAAGCCGCUGGUCCAGUGGGGAAGAGAGAUGAUGAAAGUUGUUCCAAUGGCUGAAGAAUAUUGCAAAAAGACCAUCAGGCACAUGGCAGAGUAUCAGGAACACUGGUUUUACUUUGAAGCAAAAUGGCAAUUUUAUUUGGAAGAGAGGGAGAUCAAUGAAGAAAACCAGAAUAAACCUCAUUUUCCUGACAAUUAUGAUGCUGAGGAAAGAGAAAAGACUUACAGGAGAUGGAGUUCUGAAGGUCGUGGUGGAAGGAGAGGUCAUGAUGCUCCCAUGAUUGCAUAUGAUGCUCUCUUGGGAUGUGGUGGUGAUUGGACAGAGCUUUGUAACCGGGCAAUGUUCCAUGGAGGUGAGAGCGCAGCUACGGGAUCAAUUGCUGGCUGCUUGUAUGGGCUUCUCUAUGGCCUCACCAAGGUUCCAAAAGGCUUGUACCAGGAUCUUGAACAAAGGGAGAGGCUUGAAUACUUGGGAGAGAUUAUUUUCCAACGAUCUUCAGAGGAAAACAAAAGCAAAGUUAUGAAGGUGAGCAACGAUAUGGUGCCGAUUGAUCCCACAGCACUGAAGAAGAAACUCAGUAAGAUGUCAACCCAACUAGGUGCCUUUGCUGUUCUCAGCAGCCUUUUGCUUUACCUCACGGACCUUGUGUCUAACAGCGUUCAGGUUGAAAACAAAAAAGUCAAGUGGCUAGAAAGCGUAGAAAAAAAGAUGAGUUCAAAGCGUGAGCACCAAAGCACGAACCAUGGCAUUCGCCCUACAAAAUUUCAACUUCUGCAGUCAAGGUUCAUGAACAACCAUCGGGAGCCUUACAGAAAGAAGCUAAGAGAAGUGGGCAAGUUGAUUGUUAAAGAAAAGAAUUAUGCCCCUAAAAAUGGGCUAACUUCCAUUAUAAGCAAGUUUGAGAGAAAUUCAUCAGCCGAUGAAGAAAGCUCAAAGACAAGAUGUCAAGAAAAAGCCAAAUGGAUUAGCUUAUGUGGGAAAAAUACUGUAAAAAAUGUUCUUAAGAAAUUUUUAGCUGCUGAGGAAAAAGAAGCUAAGGAGAAGCAGCCAGAUCUAAAAAAGAACCUACCCAUAAUAAUCAGUAAAAACUCUGUCUUCUCCUUAAUAAAAGAAAAGUUUGAGCAAACUAGUAAUGUCUGUUCAGCUAUUGAUGUGAGAACAUUGUUACCACGCAAGGGGGAGAGAAAGGACAAAAAGCCUCCACACCAAAAAGCUAUCUGCAAAGAAGAAAUUAAAAUACCAAAGGACAAUCUGAGAGUAGCAACAAAUAUCAACAGCAAUAAUCCACAAUAUUUGGUUUGUACAACUGUCCCUAUGCCUAAAUUUUGUGUCGCUACUGAAAUUAAUCAUCCUUGCAGUUGGGCAACAAAUACCAAGUGUACCAUUCAGCUUUCUGACAAUAAUCUUCCAGGGAGAAUAAUAAAGGAUUCACAGGAAAAAAAUGACAUUCAACUUGGUAAAAAUGGAAUAUCAGAACACAAGGAACAGAAAAGACAGUUGCAAAGGAAACAUCAUGAAAUGCCUAAGAUGGCAACUGACAAAGUAGACACAGCUGAAACUUCAGCAAGCCCAGUUCCUAACACAGACAACAUUCCACUUUCAAUGGAAAAGGUAUUCCUUGUUGGCCACAGGCCUACUUUACCCAUGUCCAAAUUAGACCAAAAUCAGAAUCCUACAUCACCUGAAGGUAGUAUGUUCUCUAGCUCUGGGAACAAAAAUACAACACAAACAGUUAAGAAUGAAAACUCUUCUACUAUUUGCCCCUCUAUCACCUACCCUACUAAAGAAGUCAAUGCACUUGGUCACCACGAAACUAAAGAAGAUGAGAUUCCUGCCAUACCAGAAGGCAUGUGUAGGUCAAAAGAGACAGAAAUAGAAUUAACAGCAUCUGCAAAAGAUCCUCCCUUUGCCAGCCAAAAAUGUUUUCCUAAACAGAAAGUGUUGGAAAAUAUUCCACCAUUUCACUCUCCUAUAGCUCAGGCAUCUUGUAACACUGAGCCUUCAAUCAAGAACCAACAAUCAAGUAUUGAACCUGCUGCUGUGGACAAAAUGUUUCUGAGUCAGAAGAAUACAAAAGAUUUUGGAAGCAGAUUUUCUGAUGCAAUUCAGGACAAAGAAAAACUGUCUGAUAUUCCAAAACUUAUCACAGAUAAUGAUCAUAAAGCAAAACAAGGAGGCCAAAACCUGUCUGACUGCCAGGUGGAAAGUAAGAAUUUGCCCCCACAGCCCUUGAGCCAACGAAAUAUCCAGGAGAACACUAGGCCAAAUUUUUCAAAAAAAUCAGAUCAAGCCCUCAUCUCAAAGGAAAGAGAUAAUAGUGUAAACGGAAAUGAUCUUUGCAAUGAAUUUGAAAAACAUUACUCUUCCUUGCCCAAUGUUGUGAAAAAAUCCAGUUCUAUCAUAGCAAUAGAAAAUGACAAAGCCAAAUCCUGCUCAGUCAAUGAAAUGACGCAUUCAGAAAACAACUAUGGCAAGGAAAGGGUGAGCCUGAGUGAUUUGGAUAGCUCUCAAAGCCUCCUGAAAGAACUGCUUAGCCAUGAAGACCACGAUCUAAUGGACAGUCCCGGACCUGCUUCUGAAAAAUGUCAUUUAUCCUCAUUAGACGAUUCAGUGAAAGCAGAACUCAGUAUUGCUGAAAUCAACAGCCCUUUAUGCAAAACAGGGAACCUUCCAAUGCCAACCUCAUCUUCGUCACCAAAGGAUGAAAAUGAUUUUACAAGAGAUAAUAUAUCUCAUUCUCAUUCUAAGAAAUGCCACAGCCCUUCUCCCAGUGACUCUCUAAAGCCCCAGGAUGCCCUCAGACAAGAUUACAAAAUAAUGCACAACUUGGGCAAUGGUUUAAAAGAGACUGAAAAUAAUGUUGCAGAAGACAAAGACAUUGGUCAUCAGACUGGAAAGCAUCAACUGUCUUCAAAAAGGAAGCUUAGGAGGCCUGAAAAUACCCCUGCAUGUCUCAAGCACAAUGAAGAAAUGCAACCAAUGCCCUUGGGAAAUGACACCAGAAGGCAACAAAACAUGAAAAUGAUGUCAGAAGAAAAGUCUGAGAAGAGCUAUUUCCCUUCCCAAAAUGAAAUAAUGUUUCCAGGAAGCAAAGAUGCAGGGAACAGGGAUUUGCCUGAAACAGCACAGCGUCUGGCUUCUUUAUCAGUCAUCAAAAGGGAACAAGAGAAGAAGAAAACAGAAGAUGAAAAUCCUGUACCAAAGACGGUACAUAUUUCCAAACCUUCCCAGAAAUCAAGAAAAAAUGAGUUUACAAAGAAUGAUGGUGGUAUAACAGAAACAAAUGUUUCUCAGACACAGCAGUCAACCCCAUCUAAAUCUAAAUCUAAAUCUAAAUCUAAAUCUAAAACUAGUAAUCUGGAAAUAGUCAGCAAUUCAAAAUGCCAAACACCGCCAAGGGAACCAGCGAAACAGGAAGGCGUUACAGAACAAGAUGACACUGUUGAAUCUUCUAUUGUCAAACAGUCAAAAUACCAGAUACCACCAAAGGAACCAGUGAAACAGGAUGGUGUUACAACUCAAGAUAAUAAUACUGUACAUUCUAUAGUCAAGCACUCAAAAUACCAAACAUCACCGAGGGGACCAGCGAAACAGGAAGGUGUUACAGCACAAGAUGAUGCUAUUGUACCUCCUAUUGUCAAACAGUCAAAAUACCAACCACCACCAAUGGAACCGGCAAAACAGGAAGGUUCUACAGCACAGGAUAACAAUUCUGUGCCUUCUAUGGUCAAACAUUCAAAAUGCCAAACAUCACCAAGGCAACCAGUAAAACAGGAUGGUGUUACAGCACAAAAUAAGAGCACUAUAACACCCCAGUUCCCUUCACUCAAGAAGUCAAUGAAAGAUGGUGAUAAUACAUGGGGAAGUAAUGCUGAGGAUAAUCUUCAGAAUGAAAAAAUGUCAUCAUCUUGUAACAAAUUGAAGCCUGGAAAUAAUCCAGAAAACAUAAGAGAGAAUAGUAGUAAUUCAGUCCCCGACCAGUUACCUUUCAAACACAAAAGCUCAAAAAGCCAAAAGAAUAGUGCAACAGGUGAGACCAUUCUGAAUCCUUUUAAGAAAAAUAAAAUGCCACUGUCACCAAAAGAAUUAAAAACAGACCCCAAAAAUGGGGCAGCUGCAAUUCCACAAAAGCCAUCCUUAAAUGACUCUAGAAACCCUCACCUGAUUGCUAAAGGCAAAAAGGAAGAGCAGUGGGAUACUAAGAAGUAUCAGUUGCCCUCACCAGAUGUGAAACUGGAUAAUCAGCAGGAUGAUAAUGUGGCAGGAGGGAAGGAGCUGCAGCAAAUACAAACACCAAAAGGUUAUAUCAAAUCAAAAUCUAACAUAGGAAUUAAAAUGUAUAAACAUCAACAACCUGAGCAAUCUUAUCUGCCCUCCAAUCUGGAAAUACACGAGCAGAAUGCUCAUGGAAAAAAGGGUUCCUCGAAAAACUUUGACAAAUACAGAUUUCCACCGUUGAAUCAUGAUAAGGAAAAAAUGGGCUGUGAGCAUGAUGAAGACCCUAAAUUAGGCUCAUUAAACAAGACCCACCCACCCAAACAGAAGAAUACACAGCACUGCUCUAGCAAAUACCAAAUACCAGGAGCAAAUUACUUAUCUAGGCUGAAAUAUGGAGAGUCUAAAGAAGUUGGGGCUGCUGCAAUAGAUGAGAACAAAGCUAGAUUACUGGAUUUUGAAAAAUACAAAGCAGAAAGUUACAGUGAAAAAGCCAUACCAUUGUCUUUUAAACCACUGAUUAUUCGGGUAAUUGAUACAAUUAAGCUUGACAACUGAAAUAACUUCAAAUCCAUAUUCCAUUGAUGGAAGCCUGUUCUCUUUCUGCUAUCAUUUCCCUUGAGAGCACUGAAACCACAUGGAGAUGGCUCUCCAGUGAUCAAUUUUGCCAUUAAAAUAACAUAAUUGAAAUCUCAUGGUAACCAAGAGUAAACAUAGUCUAAGAUCUAUGGGAAAUCUUAGAUGCAGCAUUUAAGGGAACAAUGUAGGCAUGAAACAGAAUAAAAUGGGAUGGUGAAGCAUGGCAUUUACUAUUUCAGACUGCAUCAGGAAAUACAUAGCCUAGAAGUUCUUGGUUUCUUGUAAUGGAGAACGGUGAUGUUUGUCAUGCAUGGACAAGUUUGUCCCUCACUUUUACUUUGAUGAUAGGAAUCCUAAAAAGAUGGCAGGGCCCAUUUUACCAUCUCUGCCUCCUACCACCUUUUUCUGCUACACUGUAUACUCAGCCAAAAUAAAACAGUUAUGCCCUUUCUAUUAAAAUAAACAAAAUUAACAGCAAAAACAAUAAAAGGUUCCAAGGUUCAUUAAAAACAAAAUCUUGGAGCAUAAGCAAUGAAUGAUUACGGAACUAUUAAGGAAGCUCAUGGAAAGGAAAUGUCAUGGCCUUUGUUACACAUCAUUCAUAAGAGUCUUCUCCCCUGUCUUUUCUGAACUGGCAAAUAUUCCUCCAGUUAAACUGCCUUAAGAUAGUUUUAUUAGGGUUCAGCUAUAAACAUUGAUUAUGGCAGGUCUGCAUAUAUACAUAUCCAUAAACUAUUCUCUUUCAGAGUAACUAGUGUUAUGCAAAACAUAAAAAAAAGAAUGAGAAGAAGUAAGCAGAAGAAACUAAAGGCAUGAGGUAAGGAAAAGGAAAGGAGAUAUAAAUACAUCUAGCUUAUAUCAACACCAUUUACUAUACCGCUCCAUAUGCUUCAAUCCUUGCAGACCACCCCUGCUUUUACAAUAUCUCUACACUGCUUCAUACAUUGUCUUUUCUUCUUUAACUUCUCAUCUUUUUCAAGAGGUCAUCAUCUCCAUCCAACCAUGACUUUCUCAUUCUUCUCCUUCCUUUUGUCCCAUUCAGUCUUCCUUUGUAUAUUUGUUUUGGAAUUUGAUGGUCAUAUCUUUUGUCUAUAUGAUCAAACCACCUCAACAUACUUCUUUUGUAUUGAUAGCACCCCUUCACUCUUGAUCCUACCUCUCCUUUUUUUACCCCAUUCUCUUCUUAACCUCACUGUUUCAAGGCAUCCAAUUUACUUUUACAUUUCUCCUGAUGUACUCAGGUGUAACUUCCACAUAACAAAGUGAGCAGAAGCAUACUUUUAUACACAGUCAUUUUCACUUCUUUUGAUAAUAUUCAUUCCUCACAACAGGUCACAUCCUGCUCAAUAUCUCUGUACCAGUAACUGCAUGUCUUAAAGUUUCUACAUCCACAAUCAAACGUUAUGCUAUGAUAAAAGUGCCAAUCUUCACAAUCCCACAAAACUGCUGGUUUUUUAAUCCUUAGAAAUUAAAAAAUUAGGAUUAAAAAUGUAUGAUUGGUACUUUAGGAGUUUAUGAGGAGUGGGAAGAAAGACUAUACAAGUUAAUGGACAAUUUCAGAAAUCUGAAAAAAAUACUAUACAAAUUAUCAACCAGCUUUGGCCAGGAUUGCUAAAUGGAAUCUCUAUCUAUAGAAGUAGAUUCUCUGAAACCCUUAUCCUGAGAAAAAUGACAUUGCCUUCAUAUGCUCUCCUGAUGGGUUUCCUGCAGGCAUCUGGCUGUUUGUUCUUGGAAACUGAAUGUGAGAUGACAGGUAGUCCUCAUUUAGCAACCCCAACUGGGACCAGCAACUCAGUUG